GCAGCAGCGGCAGCAGCGCUGCUGUUUGUGUGAGUGGGAGAUGGACUGAAGGAGGGCGCUCUAUCAGACCAGCGCCGUCGCUAGCUUUGCUCUACCCACUAGCUAGAUAGGAAUAACAGACCAAUUCAGGUCGUUGAAAUCAACAACAAACUACGGUGCCAUUACCAGUCUUUCACAUCCCACUCUAAACACACUAACACGGCAUUGAUGGUAAUGUAUGCAAGGAAACAACCGAGACUCGGCGAUGGGUGCGACCGAAGAGAUUCUCAGCCCUAUCAGGCUCUCAAAUAUUCAUCGAAGAGCCAUCCAGGAGGGGACCAUCGACAUGAAAAGAUGCGCGACUCCGCAGAUGUCACUCCUCCCUGCAAAAUGCUCAGGAGGUCCGACAGUCCUGAAAACAAACACAUCGACGGCACAGGGCACAGCAGACCCAAAGCUGUCCACACACACCGGGCCAGAGACAAGGAUGGAGGUACCAGUUAUUCACCACAAGAAAACUCUCACAACCAUACUUCCCUUUAUAGCUCCAACUCGGUUUCAAAUCCAAACAAGACCUCAGACGCACCUUUCGAGCCUGCUGAUGACUGGUCAGAGCACAUCAGUUCCUCUGGAAAGAAAUAUUAUUACAACUGUAGGACAGAAGUUUCCCAGUGGGAGAAGCCCAAGGAAUGGCUUGAGAGAGAACAAAGGCAAAAAGAGGCAACAAAGACUGCUGUUGUCAACAAUUUCCCAAAGGACAGGGACUACAGAAGGGAGGCUAUGCAAGCAACAGCAGCCCCUGGCUUUACUGGUCCUAAAUCAUCCCAGGCGGAGAAGCCUUCAGCAGUUCAUGCCACUCAGUCAUCGUCGUUGUCGUCAUCAGGCUCGGGUGGCGUGAACCCGUCAUCUGGGCCGCAUGGAUCGUCAGCUUCCACAGUGCCUGUCUCUCCGGUUCUUCAGUCGUCAACUCCUCCGUUACUGCAGGACCCCACUCUGUUUCGCCAGCUCCUCCCAGCACUUCAGACCGCACUGCAACUGAACAACGCCAGCGUGGACAUGGCCAAAAUCAACGAAGUUCUCACAGCUGCUGUCACACAAGCUUCAUUACAGUCGAUGCUCCACAAGAUCUUCACAGCUGGACCGUCGGCGUUCAAUAUCACUACGAUCCUUUCUCAAGCCGCUCAGCUUUCUAACCAAGGCCAGCAGUCAAAUCAGUCACCAAUGUCUUUAACAUCAGACGCCUCAUCACCAAGAUCCUACGUUUCCCCGAGAAUCAGCACGCCGCAGACCAACGCCGGCCCCCACAAACCCCUCCUCAGCACGCAGCCUGUCAUCUCACAGUCAAAGGUGAAUACACCAGCAGUAAAGCAGACGUCUCAUUCCCAGCCCACAUCCCAGCAGCACCUCUCCAGUGAGAAGUCGCACAGUCACGAUGUCACCACGGCCUCCCCGAGAGCCCUCCAACGCCAAGGCAGUCAGAGGAGUCCGUCUCCAGGUUCCAACCACGUCGCCUCCAGCAGCAACGCCCCCAACUCCGCCUCCGCUCCCCCGGCCUCUUCUACAUCCCGGCCCUCCUGUUCCUUCACCCCCUCCCUUGCGGCCCAUUUCAAUGAGAGCCUCAUCAAGCAUGUGCAGGGCUGGCCCGCAGAACACGUGGAGAAGCAGGCGUCCAGACUCCGCGAGGAGGCUCACACCAUGGGCAGCAUAUGCAUGUCGGAGAACUGCACUGAGCUCAAAAACCUGCGCUCCCUCGUCCGGGUCUGUGAAAUUCAGGCGACGUUGCGCGAGCAGAGGAUAUUGUUUUUGAGACAGCAAAUCAAAGAACUUGAAAAGUUGAAGAACCAGAAUUCCUUCAUGGUGUGAGAACUUUUGGUGGGGGGUUUGGGGGGGUGUCCGGAGGUUGUGGGGAGCGGGGUUGUCAUUGCACAUACUAGGAAGCCGGCAAGAAAAACGGUUCCUCCCGAACCCAGUCUUAACACACGGGAGCUGCAGUCCUGCUGGCAGACCACAGGGGGGCGACAAGGAGCUGCUGGUGUGGUGGGUGGGGUCAGGGAGGGGCUGAUUUACAAGACUGUGUUUUUGUAAAAAAAAAAAAAAAAAAACCACGGUGGAUUAACAUGUAGAUUUCUUGUAGAUGUUAUCUAUGUUGUAAAUAUGUUUUGUAGAUUGAAUCCAUGGAAAGCCAUGCCUAUCAAAGCUUUUGACAUCCAGACUAAUCAGCCGAGGCGCCAGCCUCUCCGUCACUCAUCUGCAGACUUCCGUUGUCACGUCACGGAUCAUUGAAGCGCCGUGCCCAACGUGAACGGAGGAGCUGGCCUCACCGGGGUCAUCGGUUUGACCUUUUUAGAUCCUCUCCCACCUGUGGGUGUGGGCGGAGGCCUCCUCCGUGCAGGUGUUCUGUAAACGCUCACAGCGCUUCAGUGAUCCGUCAGCAGUUUCUGGCGCCCCACUUUGAGGAGGACGGGUGACGAAAAGACAGUUCCUGGUGGUGCAAUGGAUUCCAAACGAGGAGCGUGCUGCUUUGGACCAUUCCUUCACCCUCAGCAGACCUCUUUGGAGUUGAACUCCUUUCUUUCCGUUUUGUUCCCUUUUGUUCGUCAGCUCUGCACGCUGACUGUCUUCAUUCCUUUGUACCGUCGCUAACAGCAGCGGGGUUUUAGAGAAGGCCAGCUUUCACGUGUGGGUUGCAGUAAUAAGCCAUGCAUCACCCGUCAGGAGCUCAAAAGCGGGUGGAGGUGGGGCGCCUCUCCGGUCGAACGCAGGGCAACCAGGGGUCAAAGCUCAAAUGUGAAAUGUAUGUAAUGUAAUAAACAUGUUAAACUAAAGUGAGCGCUGAGUGUUUUGUUGGAGUGUCUGCUUUGGUUUAUAUGCUAGUGCCUUGUUGAAAGUCUUAAGCCUCAUCACCCGCAGGUCCAUGUUUGCUGUCAUCCCGCCGGAUCAAAAGGCCCAGAUUUAGUCAAUAUCCUUUAGCUCCUCCCCCAUAUUCAUCACUGUCAGCUGCUGCUUUAUGCCCACCAACACAACAUUUAGUUGAGCUGACCAUGUCAUUGCUUUGUAUAAUGUUUCCUGAAAUAUAUUGACAAAAAAUAAAGGAUGCCUCUCCAA